AUGCUGUUGCGCGGAAUUGCAUUCGCGGAGGCGCGCCGCAAUUCGGCGCGGCGCGUCUUCAAGAGCCGCGACAAGACGCAGAGCAACGGCUGCGAGAAAGACAUCGGGGAUCUCUCCUCCCACGAUGGAUCCCGGCAUACGCGCACGGCGAUGAUGGUCUAUCGACCCGUGGAGGAGCCACUGUCUCCCGCCGUUUUCCCGAUCACGUUUGAUAGCGAGGCGAUAUCGCUCGUCGCCACAGCGUCCAAGCUGGCCACCGUGGAGGAUGUGGGUCCAAAGCGGCCCGAAGGCCCCAUCCGCCGAUCAUCCGCCACCUCCCUAAAGGUCUCACCCACGGCCAGGGCGACUCUCCAGGCGCUAAGGUCACCCAGGAACAAGCUAGCCGCCUCCGCGACUAGUACCCGCGACGCCGAGACCAUCACGGAGGUGUGCAGCGGAGGGGACCUGCCAGAAGUCGAGAUAAUCAGCCUGCUGGAAGAGCAAAUACCGAGAUACCGACUACGAGCCGAUACCUUAACGCAGUUCCAAGGGUACGAGAACGCAGAUUGGUUCAUCCCGGCGCCAGCUCUGAAGGUGGAGGACGUGGACUUGAAACUAUCGCCGGAUCAAAUCCGGGAGACUCUUAACUACUUCAUCCUAUGUAGCAACCGGGUGAGCCAAAUGACCAAGACCUAUAAUGAUAUAGAGGCAGUUACAAGGCUUCUAGAGGAGAAAGAAAAAGACUUGGAGUUGACGGCGCGUAUCGGUAAGGAAUUGCUGACGCACAAUCAGAAACUCGAGAGCACGGUAAACGCAUUGGAGACCGAGCUGAAGGAGGCGAACGAGAAGAUCACGCAGUUGAACCAUGAGCUACUGAAGAAGACCGAGCUGAUACAGAUACUGACGAACGAUGUGGACGAGUCCAGUUCGGAAGCGGGAACACCCACAGGCCUCCGUGGCAUCAACUUGGAUAUGUUGCAGAGGAAGAUCAACACCCUGGAGGACGAGAACAAGCAGCUGCGCAGCGAGUUCGCCAAAUUGGCGCACGAUGCCGACGAUUCCGAAGAGCAGGAAGCACGCCUCGUGAAGGACAUUACAGCGCAGUUAGUAAGUGCCAACAUGGAGGUGGACGGCAUAGCGGAGGAGCUCGGCCGUCAGAAGGAGGAGAACCGGCUACAGCAUGAACAAAUAGUCAGUCUCACCGCAAAAUUGGCCGAAACGGAGCUCAGGCUCGCGCAACUGAUGGCGGAACACGACGAGGUGGGAGCGACUCUAGUCAUCACUAGGGAUAAUCAAAAUACAUUGGCCAGUGAACUAGCUGAAUUCAAGGAGCGAUACGCGGAGGUGGUGAAUUUACUGGCUGAAACACAAGAGCAGUUGCGAAAACAGAGGAAACGCGGGAUGCCGACUGUACGCGGUGGCCCCCUGUUCCCGUCGAUGGGCGCGGCCCCUCAGCCGGAUUCUAUCGCCUCGGAACUGGAAUCGUCCCUUUAUUCGGAAUUCAGCGUUGACUCUGGCAUCAGUGGUGACAGAUUACCAACCUAUAAGAAAGUGUUUGAGACUGUCCGUAGCGCCUCGCGGGCGUCCCAUGUGACAAGUAUGGACCCUAACCACUUCCCCAGGAUAGGCUCCAUGACGACGUCCACGUUAUCCAGCAGUUCCGCUGGUCCGCGAAUGAGCUGUGGGCAAGUGCGACCCCACGCGUCUACGUAUCCCAGUUUGGACUCCGCUGGACACAGCGAUAGCGAGGGAUCUCUCCUUACGGAGUCUGAGGAUUACCCAGGACCACAACGAACCGGUGUACCAGGUGCUCCCGGCGCAGCUGAUCUAGAAGCCGCUCUGCGUCGUCUGACGCCGGCCGAAGUGUUAGCCAGGCGUGCGUGCCUCAGCACGGGCGCCGGUUACAAUUACGAUUACGACGGUGGCGCGCAUUCGCCGCCGACGUUCUUGCCUUUUGGCUGUCGCACUCCCGACAGCAUCAUGUCCACCGGCAGCAGCGGUAAUCUGAGCGGCUUUAGCGGCAACAGCGGUAACACCUGGCGUAUACCGGAGAAACUGCAAAUUGUUAAGCCGAUGGAGGGGUCUCAGACGUUACAUCACUGGUCGCAGCUGGCGACACCGACACUGGGCGGCCUGUUGGAAGACAGACCGGGCGUGAAGACCAGGGGCGGUCGCGGUCUCGAGGAUCUCGGCCUCGUUACGUUCACAUUGAGCGACCUGGAGGAAGACGAAGAGUACACCAAUCCGGGUAAAUUGUUCCAAGACACUGGCUCCGUUUACACGUACACCAACAGCACGGUGCUGCAUCCGGACGAUCAUACCAGUGUGACGCCGAGCAUCGUCGGCAGUCGAGUCGCCACAGCGCCCAACAGCGGCAUGAAUUCCGGCAUGAGCACACCCCGCACGCUCAGUCGUCGCAACUCCACGUCGACGUUCUCCACUACGCUCGGCCUGGCCAAGAUGUUGAACGAGAGAGGAAUCAAGGCCGUGACGCCGUCGUGCGUAGGCACGCCGUCCUGUGUGGCCACGCCCACUGGCGAGCGAAAUUUCACGCCGACCGCUACACCGUGUAAUAGUCCGGACGCGAGUCCACCGCCUACACGGUCGACGUCGCCACCCCCGGAGACUAGCAACACCCUGUCGUUGGGACUGUUCAGUAGCGGAGCAGAGUUACUGAAACGUACCUUCAGCCAUGAGUCGUCGACGGCCGCAGCUCAGUCCAAGAAAAAACGACCGAAGCCGGCGCUCUCGCGCUCCGACAAGAAGGCUCUCACGGGUAUACGCCUGGUGGAGAAGCUGGAGAGGAUCGGAAUCGACACGAUCAUGGCCACUACCAUCUCGUCGAUCUCGCCAUUGGCGCUACACGGUGCUCUGUAUACGCGUCGCUUGACUGAAAGUCCGAUGGCACAAUUGACUUUCCUCAAGACCUCGAUGUCCUCCAGUACCAGCCAAGAGAAGCUAAUAUCUCCCUCGUCUUCGGCAUCCUCCGUUAGCGGCGAGUUCCUGCCAGGCAAGCCGCCGUUACCGGUCAAACGGAACGGCAAGGACGAGCCCGAGACUGGCGGGCGGUCCGGCUCUAAUGCAUUUAACUCGAGGUCGGGUCGACAACGACGAUCGGGUGCUAAAGCGACGAGACCCGACCUGGGGCAAGUCAAGCCGCCGGUUUCGACGCCCGUCACUAAAGAAUCCGCCGCGCAAUCUGCAUUAGGCACGAUAAGCUCACUUCUUUUCGGCCGUAAGGGUGGCUUAUUGUGAAGACUUGGUAGAAUCUGUAAUCCGAAGGGCGGAUCGGUCGGUGUAUCAAAUGAGUUCAUUUCUAAUCUAUUUGAGAAAAAGGAAGCUCUUUUUUUUAUUACUUAAAAGUUUUCGGUUCACGCGUUCACUGGGUGCUAUACGCGCCUGUCGGUGUCGUCGCGCGCUUAUCCGUAUAACCGUAAGUUUUCAGCAAAACACUGCAACGGUUCAUCCACGAAAGUCGAGUUUUCAAAAUAUGCUGUUGAUAAGUGCGUCAACUCUGAUGGUCUAUACGAUUCGGGUCGCUAAACAUAGCCGCACUGCAUACGUUGAGCAUAAAAUCAUUGUAUUUUAGAUUUUAUCUCGAAAAGGGGGAAAAGAACGCAAUGAAUUAAGGACAAAAUUAGUGUUGAAGGGCAGAUUUUUCAUAGUUUGUGAUAUACGAGGGGAAAUCGGCACUAGAGGUCAAAGAGAAAGAUAUUCCAAAAAAAAAAAAAGAAUCACUACGACAUUGCAAUUACGUUGAAAAUACGUAUAUACAUUUCCGGUAAUAAGAAGCAUGAAUUGCGAGAAACGAUUUAGAGAGGGAAAAAAGGGAAACUAUAAUGGCAGGGUAGUUAGUGAGAUUAAUAAUAAUCAUAUAUUCGAAAUUUGCAGCUAACGUUCGGGGAAAACGAACAUUAUCGACACAUAUAAAUCAGUAAUUUACAACGGGGGAUGGAGUGCACAGGGUGAUACAUCGCUCUAUGAUACAGCAUUUUAUGCGUUUUAGCACAACAUAAUUCCAUUUUGGUGCUGAUUUAUACAUAUAUAUAUAUAUUUUUUUUUUUCCGGCGGAUGCCUGAUAAUGAUGAGAUUGCAAGGAGCCCGUAGCAGCAUUGCCAAUGCUAUUGUCAGUCUUUGCACGCGGAAGAUUGCGCAUUUAGCGUUGAUUCACAAAGUACUGUACAUAGUUGAAUAAAAGGCAGUUACUAGAAGCCGGCUCGGACGCCUCGCCGUUCUUAGUCCUGAUUUCUUUCGUGAUUCGUUUAAUUUAUUGCAACUUCGUUUCCUGCAGAUGGGACUGAGUUUUACGUGUAAGUGACCUACGAUGUAUUAUAGAAGAGUGUUUUAGCUCGUUGCAGCCUUGUACAUAGACGUACAAAUUAAUAAAUUAAGUUGGAAAACAACGUGUCGCUAUCCUGUCUCGUUUAUAUCUCCGCUCACAUCUCCUCUUCUCGUCGUCGUCGUCGUCGUCGUCGUCGAGACCAUUGUGCGAGAGGCCUAAAGAGUUCAGUGAAAGAAUGACGAUUAUACGGCGGAUAGCCAUGUGUACGCGUUGUUGUAAAUAGAAUUCGUCGAACUGACACGAACUGACGAAUCGAUCGGUAGAGGGAUGUCAUAUUUUACUGCAAUUACAUUUUGUACUGAUAUUGAUGACAAAUGCAGGAUCAAGCGUAGAACGGGCAGUCUCACUGAAAAUGUAUACAUUUAUAACUUGGCCCAUUUCAAUCAUUAUUUUAUCCAUAUAGUGCGAUAUAGCUUCUAGGAAUACUUUGGAAUGAACAUCGAAGGAAAUUCUCAAAGCUGUUUGUUUGUACGUUCGUAUAAAAAGAGAGCGAGUUGUGUGUUUCACACAUUGAAAAUUAAGUAUCCUGCAUGAAGGAUUUAGAAUGUAUUUAGAAAAUGCAUUUAGAUAGUACGUAGAG